AUGGAGGGCAAGGACCCACUUGCCACGCCGCUGCUGCGGCGCUCGCCACCACCGCUUGCACCUCUAUAUGCUGUCAGCCUUUUGCGAACGACGGCUACGGCAGUAGCUAUGAUGCCGUCGUUCAAUCUCAGAGUGGCAUCGCUGGGUGAGGCAGCCGGCUAUGAUGCUGCAGCGGUGGCAAAUGCCAUGGGUCUGAUCGCAGCACUGCGGAGCUUCACUGAGUUCACAGCAGCGCCUCUACUGGCAUCUUGGUCCGACCGUCUGGGCCGGCGGCGGGUCAUCUUGGCUUCCGCACUUGCUUUCACUGUUGAAGCAACGCUGAUGGCGGUCUCCUCUGGGCUUGUGAUGCUUGGUGCGGCGCACGUCACCUUUGGUCUCUUUGCAUCUGGUGGCGCCGUCGAGACAAGCUGCAUUGCAGAUGCCACUCCUGCGGGGCCGAAGAGAGCCGUGGCAGUUGGGCGCUUCUUCACAGUCAUCGGCGCGGCGCUGGUUCUCGGUCCCACCUUAGGUGGGGCACUGCUGGCCCGUGUGGGAGGCGCCGCGCCCUUUGCAUGUGCGGCUGGACUGGGUCUGGCCGCGGUGGUCGCGACAGCAGUUGCGCUCCCUGAAUAUUUGCCACCUUCACGGAGAGCUCCGAAAGAGUCAGCAGUGAUGCUUCCAGCUGCUGGCGUGUAUCGCUUGUUAUCCCGAACUCCAUCGCUCCGCUGGUAUGCGGCUGCAUCGGGACUGUUCAGUUUAGGCAUGGCGCUGUAUGGGACUGUCAACGUCCUCUGGCUCAAGGAGGCUUUUGGCUGGGAUGGACAGGAUGUUGGCCACUUUCUUUCAGCCGUGGGGGCGGCCGUCAUUACAUCCCAGGUUCUCGUGCUUCCUGUUGUUCUCCGAAUCUCAAAGGGCCGUGAGUCACUGGUGGUGCAAGGCGCCAUGAUGGUGCAUGCCUUUAAAUUCAUCGGCUAUGCUUGGGCGCCGAACGGCAAAUGGGUCUACGUGGUACUCGCGCUGUCCACUCCCACCUUCUGUGCAGCCCCGGUUCUUUCGAGCCUCUGCACUCGGCACGUCCCCUCCACGCAGCAGGGCCUGUGGUCCGGGAGCAUGUCGGCACUGAAUACAGCCGCCAAUGUGCUUGGUGCCUUGAUUGGAUCCAGGCUUCUUGCGCUGUCGCUACAAGGGUUCCUUCCCCUCGGGUCCCCUCUCUAUGCCGGCGCACUGUGCCACGUGUUGGCGGCCUUGUGUGUUGGUUGCGGAAGCUUGCUUGCGAGCAACAAGGUGCCCGAAUCGGAGAUGCCAGAGUCGCUGCAUGGUGCCUGA